AAAUGCACAUGUAAACAUGGUUUUACAACUCUCCUUUCUAAUAUAGGUACUAUCAAGUAUUAUAGAUGCGAGAGCACCUCUAACUUAGCUUUAAAGCUAUCGACUGUAGCCAUUUACAGAGCAGUCAAGUAUGCUGCUCUAUUUGCCGGUUUCUAGCAAGUCCCGCUGAUUCGGCAGCGGACGACGCACUCAUGACAUCAGCAUUAUUGCUUUCUAUCUAGUUGAAGUUGAAUGAAACUUUAUAAGUAUUGUAAGUGUAGGAUAAUAUAUGGCAAUGAAUAGGUAAUAUCUACGUAUAUUCUUAUCGAGCUUAACUAUAGUAUUUAUACUCGUUGUUCUAGCAUCUAAAGGACAUCACUUAUACAUACAAGCUAGUGUCGGUUUAAACAAGACAUCAUUCUAAACCAUCAAGAUAAGUCAGCCCCAUUGUAAGCCUACAGCCUACCCUUCCUCCCAAUAGCAUCAUACAAGGCCAUGGCGACAAAUCCACAAGUCCCCGGCGGCCCAGUCCCAACCGAGGACACGAUCCUCGAGACCGGCGCAUCCAUGAUCCAAAACUUCCAACCUACGAAGCAACUCUGUGCCCACCUAAACGCCUUCCACACAUACGCUGACGAGCCAGGCCGCUACGUAGAAGCGAAUCACUACUGCGCUCACCUAACCGAAGACGUCCGGCAAUGCAUCCUCUACGAUGGUCCCGGGCGCAACGCCCGGCUUAUAGGUAUCGAGUACAUGAUCACGCCCAAGCUGUACGAGACCCUACCCGCUGAGGAGCGGAAGCUAUGGCAUUCGCACGUGUACGAGGUGAAAUCCGGCAUGCUAAUCAUGCCGGGACCGACGACCGUGCCUGGCGUGCAGCAGGUCUGGGAGGCUGCCGAGACGCAGGAGAUGAAGCACAUCAUCGGUUUAUACGGCAAGGUAUACCACCUAUGGCAGACGGACCGGGGCGAUACUCUUCCGCUUGGCGAGCCCAAGUUGAUGACUAGCUUCACAGCCGACGGUCAGUUCGAUUUUGAGAAGGCGGUGGGCGACCGCGACAGGAGAUUCGGUUCCGACUGGAAGCGGAAGAAGGAGCUGAGGAAGGACAUCGAAGUACCCAAUAUCCAUCCGGACGCCGAUUCGGCUUGGAAGAGACGUAAUUCGAUGUAGAUCCUGGAGCUGGAAAGGGGGAGAGACAACAAGUAAAACAUAAAAUUACACUAACCAUCAAUUCUCAAUUAUCAGUCACAUCAAUAAUAAUUUACGGGAGCGUCCAGCAGAGAAGCUAAUCUCAAGGUUUAUUUUGAAAUUACGCG